AUGGAAAUCAGCCGCUUUUUGCUUGGAUUGUGCGCCUUCUUCUACUUUUACAGAUCUCUUUCAGCAGCGUCCACGUGCAAGCUGAAGGCCAAGUUUAACCUGAGCGGCUACAAGGAUGUUGAAAAGAAGAAGGUGGUUGUUGGGGGGAUGUUUCCUGUUCACAAGCGUAUUGCUUCCAGUGAUGGCAACACUUCAAGAGUGCCUGUGUCCUCAGGGUGUGAGGGGUUCAACUUCCGCACCUUCCGCUGGACCCAGACCAUGCUGUUUGCCAUCAACGAAAUUAAUGCGAGGAAUGACCUGCUGCCCGACACCGACCUGGGAUACGUCAUCUAUGACUCUUGCUUCACCAUUUCCAAGGCCGUGGAGGGCACCCUCACCUACCUGACGGGGCAAGACGAGGCUGUACCCAACUACCGCUGCGGGUCAGGGGCCCCUUUGGCUGCUCUGGUGGGCGCUGGAGGCUCCGACCUAUCCAUCGCCACUGCGAGGAUUCUUGGACUUUAUCACUUCCCACAGGUCAGCUAUUCUUCCACCUGCUCCGCCCUGGAGAGCAAGUUCCAGUUCCCCACAUUCCUGAGGACCAUUCCCAACGACAAGCACCAGUCUACAGCUAUUGCCAAGCUCGUGCUACACUUCGGCUGGACUUGGGUGGGCACCAUAGCUGCUGACGAUGAUUACGGAAAGUAUGGCAUCAAAGACUUCAAGGAGCAGGUGGAGGAAGCUGGUGUGUGCAUCUCCUUCUCUGAGACCUUGCCCAAGGUGAGUUCCCCAGAGGACAUCCAGCGAAUUGUCCAAACUGUAGUUGAGGCAACAGCCAAGAUCAUUGUGGUCUUCUCAUCAGAUGUGGACCUCAGUCCUCUUAUCGUUGAGCUGCUGCAGCACAAUGUGACCAAUCGCACAUGGAUCGCCAGCGAAGCCUGGGUCACCUCUGCUCUCAUCAACCAGCCUGGGGUGAGCUCAGUGCUGGGUGGUACUCUGGGCUUUGGGGUAAAAAGAGCCAACAUCCCGGGCCUACAACGUCACCUACUGGAACUGGAUCCCUAUGCUGACCCGCUCACUGAGGAAUUCUGGGAGACGUUGUUUAACUGCACAUUGGACUAUGGUAAAGCGGUGAGGCAGGCCAAACAGAGGGCCACGGAGGUUAACGGCACGCUGUCCAGGGCAGCGAGGGGGGUUCCUGAUGGGCUGUGUACAGGCAGUGAGUCUGUGGUACAGCUCAAUAACACCUACUCUGAUGUUUCCCAGUUACGAAUCACAUACAGUGUGUACAAAGCCGUGUAUGCUGUGGCGAACGCCUUGCAUAACUUGGAGCACUGUGUAGACGGACAGGGGCCAUUCGUCGGGAACAGCUGUGCUGACAUCACCAACUUUGAGCCCUGGCAGCUGAUGUACUAUCUGAAGAAUGUGCGCUUUAGAGUGCCGCACACAAAUGAAGAGAUCUACUUUGAUGACGGGGAUGUAGAGGGCGUCUAUGACAUCAUUAACUGGCAGGUCAGCAGUAAUGGCGAGAUAUCCUACGUCACUGUGGGACACUACAACGGCUCGGCAGCCCCAGAGGACAGGAUGACCAUAAUGAAUGACUCCAUUGUGUGGAACAAUGAAGUGUUGGAGCCUCCUCGGUCAGUUUGCAGUGAAAACUGCCAGCCUGGCACCAGGAAGGGAAUCCGACAGGGAGAGCCGGUCUGCUGCUUUGACUGUAUCCCAUGUGCUGAUGGGGAGAUCAGCAACUCAACCAAUGCCCGCGCAUGUAUCCUGUGCAGUUAUGAAGAAUGGUCCAACGAGGCUCAUGACGCAUGUGUACCAAAAAUCAUCGAGUUCCUGGCCUUUGGAGAGCCGCUGGGGAUCACUCUCAUUGUCAUCUCGGCCUUCGGAGCUCUAGUCACCAUCGCUGUUGGGGUGGUGUUUGUUGUGCACAUCAGGACCCCACUGGUGAAGGCCAAUGAUGCUCUGUUGAGUUUCACGCUGCUCUUCUCGUUGGUGGUGACCUUCCUCUGCUCCAUCGUCUUCCUCGGAGAGCCUCAGCAUUGGAGCUGCAUGACCAGCCAAGUAGCACUGGCUCUGGGCUUUGCUCUCUGCCUUUCCUCUAUCAUGGGUAAGGCAGCAGUGUUGAUGCUGAGAGCUCAGGCUCUGAAAGCGGCCCGUGCCAGAGCAAAAGCAGCUGCAAAAGCUGCAAAGGCAGCAGCUGAAGCAGCAGCCAACAGCGGCAGUCCUGAUGUCAUUGUAACCAACACAAACAACAACAACGACGCUAGUGCCUGUGCUAACCCUGAAGUUGACCGUCUCACCUGUGGCCACCAGAGGGCGAUAGCUGCUGUCGCAACAUUAAUACAGGCUAUAGCAUGUACAGUGUGGCUCAUCAUCCUCCCUCCACACCCUAUCGAAAACACUUCUGCCCAGAAUAUAAAGAUCAUUCUCGAGUGUGAUGAAGGCUCUGUGGUCUUCAUCUGUUGUAUCUUCGCCUAUGACAUCCUGCUGGCUCUGUUGGCCUUCAUCUUUGCCUUCAUAGCACGCAAACUGGAGGACCACUUCAGUGAGGCAAAGAGUGUGACCUUUGGCAUGCUCGUCUUCUUUAUCGUGUGGAUCUCCUUCGUCCCGGCGUAUCUCAGCACACGUGGCAAGUUCAUGGUUGCCGUCCAGAUUUUUGCCAUCCUGGCUUCCAGCUUCGGCCUGCUGACCUGCGUCUUUCUGCCCAAGUGUUACGUUCUUUUGGUCAAACCUGAACGCAACACAGAGGAGAUGAUGAGGCCCCGCGCCAAACCACGUGAUGGAACCUCAACCGGGACCUCGGCCUCACUCGCUACAGCUGCUACUGAGGUCAAUGCUACGAUUGCAUCCACUGCUAUUGAUGAUUAAUGUACAAUACUGAGAACUAAAGCCACAAUACUGAAAUUGUUAAAUAGUGUAGAUGGCAGAUGUGCCACUGCUUCUUUGGGAAACUGGUCCAACUGAUUAGGGUUCCAAGUCGUGUUAUUCAUAUAUAUUUUAAAAUCACCAUGUUUUGAAUAAUUAAUAGUCCAAAUAUUUACAAAAUGUUUAAAUUUACACUGACUGGAUGUUUGUCGAGUACAAUCAAGUACCCUCACGUGUGCGACAGGGUAAUUUCAAAAAGCAAUAUACACCAGGAAAGACAAUUAAAAGUAGAACAGGACAUUUUUUCAACACAUAUAAUCAUAAUUUUAUGAUCACUUUACUUGCUUUACUUACAUUAUGUAUGUGAGUCCUGCUAAAACAUAUUUUAACAAGUUCAGACUGUCAAAAAAGGCAACAUUUUACCUCAUAUAUCGUUCUGCUGCACUUCUAGUUACAAAUCCAUUUUAAAUCCAUUUAUUUUUUAUUUAUUUAUAUAAAUAGACAGGCAUUUAGCUAAUGUUGUGUCCACCAAAAUAUUUGUGUAAACGUUUACACAGUAAACUGAACUUUAAACCAUAUUAAUAGUCUGUCAGUGUGAUACAAACUAGUGUAACUCUGUCAGCAUAAUACACAUCCUAAUAAUAUGGAAAAUGUUAU